AACGUUCUGUCGGAUUCCAGAGAAGCUCGCCAUCUUGGAAGACGAACAGUCGGAGGCAUUUUUAAGUUUCUUUGUUCAUAGUUUUUAAUAUAACCGACAGAACUACUCUUUCGAAUCACAUUACUGUAAAAGAGAGGGUUGGAAAUUAGCCACAUCCAAAUGCUGGUGAAAUAUGCAAGUGGCUGCUAAAUUCGCUCACCAGCCAAAAACACAAUGAUGCGACACUCAAAGCGAAUGCGCUCCCCGGGUGUCUGGCUUGACGAGUACAGCUGGGAAGAGAGAAUGGAUUGUCGCAAGCGGAAGAAACACGAUUCACACAGCAGUGAACGAGAAAAUAAGUCCAGAAAAACUCACCGUCACCAGAAAACGUAUGAUGGGCAUUACUUGGAGACCCGCAGUUUGAACCAGAGGCUGGACUCAAGGGAGCGAACCCCUGGGGACCACAGUUUCGGCAUGGCCUGUGAGGAGGACAGUCGUGAAGGCACCUGCAAGGACAAAGACAGAGACUGGCAUCACUACAGCAAGUCAUCCGGACGCAGUGGUCGGAGUGGUCGCAGCAGACGAAGCAGCCGCAGGCACAGAGACAGAAGGCGCAGACGUAGCCACUCUCGCCACAGGUCGUCCUCGAGGAGGAGCCAUCAGCGCAGGAGCAGGAAAAGAUCCAGGAGUGUUGAGGAUGAUGACGAGGGUCACCUCAUCUAUCACAGUGGAGACAUGCUGAGAGCGAGAUAUGAGAUUGUGUGUACACUAGGAGAGGGUGCCUUUGGGAAGGUCGUCGAAUGCAUUGAUCACACUAAUGAUGGAGCUCGAGUGGCUCUGAAGAUCAUUAAAAACAUAGACCGCUACCGUGAGGCAGCUAUGUCUGAGGUAGAGGUGCUUGAACAGUUGAAGUCCCUUGACACUGAUAAAAGAUAUGCGUGUGUACACAUCCUGGACUGGUUUGACUACCACGGCCAUGUUUGUAUUGCCUUUGAACUGCUUGGCCUCAGCACCUAUGAUUUCCUGAAGGAAAACAACUUCCAGCCUUUCCCCAUAGAACACAUUCGGCACAUGGCGUAUCAGAUCAUCCGGGCUGUGCGAUUUCUGCAUAACAACAAGCUGACUCACACAGAUCUGAAGCCUGAGAAUAUUCUCUUCAUUGAUUCAGACUAUGAUAUGGAGUACAACUCUGAAUUGAAACGUGAUGAACGAACAUUGAAGAACCCAGAUGUGAAAAUUGUGGACUUUGGUAACGCCACAUAUGAACACGAGCACCACACCUCUGUGGUGUCAACGCGUCACUACCGUGCUCCUGAAGUCAUUUUAGAUCUUGGCUGGGACCAUUCCUGUGAUGUCUGGAGUGUAGGCUGCAUACUCAUUGAGUACUACCUUGGAUCUACUCUCUUCCAGACUCAUGACAGUAAAGAGCAUCUUGCCAUGAUGGAGAGAGUCCUGGGCCCCAUCCCCACACACCUCCUGCAGAAAACCAAGAAGCGGCGGUACGUUCAUCGGGGCAAACUUGACUGGGAUGCGCACAGCUCUUCUGGGAGAUAUGUCAGGAAACACUGCAAACCCCUCAAGCAUUACAUGCUGUCAACGUGUGAAGACCACAACCAGCUGUUUGACCUGAUAGAGAAGAUGAUGGAGUAUGACCCAGCCAAGCGCCUCAGUCUGGAGCAGGCCCUCCGUCAUCCCUUCUUCUCCUGCUACCGCAAGAGCACCAGCACCAGCAUCAGAAGCAGCAGCAGCACUAGCAGCAAAAAGGACUGAACUCCUCAACCUGUAAACCUCUGACCUGUAACCUCGGCCAGGACCUGGCUUUCACCAUGACAUGUAUCAUGGUGCACGGUGCCAGCCUCUACUUCCUGACUCUCCAGGAGAGGAGUACCUUAACUGACUGUAUCAGUCCACUGCCCUGCUUUGCUGUGUCCUGUCCCAAACUGCAUUUCCUCAUCACCUAAUAAUGUUUUCAUUUGUGGCAUGUUUUUUGUUGUGACAUAUCCCUCAAACUGAUUUCUAUUUAUUUACCUUUUUGUAAUUUAAUUUGUCGCUCCUAAACAUAAUGCUGGUAAGACUGUUUUUUUUUAUUCAUGAAUAGUCCAGUUGUGUCCAUGUUCUGUCUGCAUCGUAAAGUAGGUGAUGGGUAAUGUGACAGAUGGAGAACUGCAUCAGUCUCACCAGUAAUUUAUUCAGCACUGUCGUCGUUUAAAAAAAAAAAAGCUAUUGCAGGCAGAAAACUCUUGUACAUAGAAUUUGUUUAUUUCUUUUUUCACUGACUGGUUAUGUAACUUUUGCAGUAUCAUGUACAUUUUCUCAAUAAACGUGAACAGAUGACAGAA